UCUCCACCGCUUGUCAUUCUUGUUCUGUUUCUUUUCUAACAAAAAAAAACGAUUUUUACUUUCUUUUUUCUUCCUCUUGUAGACAGAGAAACAGAGUUGUCUCUGUAACUCAUUCGAUCAUUUUCCUCGAUCGAUUAACUCCAAUGAGUAUUGGAGUCUUAUACUCAGAUAGUAAAAAUGGCGUCUUCUCAGGUGGAGAUUCCUCAUUCGUCUCAGAGAUUCGGCUUUAUCCUCAGAGAUCGUAAUCAAAACGCCGUCGUUUACAAGAAGACUCUGAAAGCUCCUGUGAAAGACGAUCAUCAUCACCACCAGCUCUUCAAAUCUCCGCUCUCCGACGAGAAUUCCGAGAACUUGGUCGAUUCUUGGAUCGAAACUCAGAACAAAAAGAACAAUAACAAUAGUGUUGUCCGAUUAACGGAGAAACCAAUCGUCAGAAAAUCAAAUGUUCUUGCAUCUCCCGUGGAAACUGUUUCAAGAAAGGAGAAAUCUGAGGACUCGAAGAUAAACGGAGCUUCUUCUCUGGUACAGAUAUGGGAGGCGAGGCUGAACCAAUCCAACGGUGGAAACUCGCCGAGCCAUAACCAAUCGACGGCGAUCAGUAGUCGAAGCGAUUCAGGAAUCAGUGUUCAAGAUUCCGAAUUAGCUGAUGAAUCAGUGAUCGCGGAAGCUAAGGAUGCUGAUCGAACGGUGGAGAUUGAAUCUGGCUCAGAUGGAUCAGUUUCUGAUUCCGGAGAGAGCAAAUGGGGCAGAGUCGCUGACUUAAUACGGAGGCUUAGCAACGAGGAGAAGCUAACCGCCGGAGAUAAUGGCGGCGGCGGCGGCGGACUCUCGGUUAUUAGAACGCCGAGGCCUUGCAUUUCGUCGUGCUCGUCGUCGGUAUCGGAGAAAAGCAAUUUCCCGGUGGUUAAUUUCUCACCGAGGAUCCUCCGAGGACGGCAAGCGUUUACCGAUCUGCUUAUGCAACUGGAACGCGAUCGCCACCGCGAAUUGGAUUCGCUUCUUGAACGCAACGCAGUUUCUAGGUUUACUCAACGUGGCCGCCUCCAGUCAAUGCUAAGGCUAAGGAACCUCAAACGCUGUCUAGCGAUUCAAGAUCAAAACCAGUCUAAAGCAAAAACAACCGGAUUAAACCGGAUCGAAACAGGCUCUGCAGUUCUGAAUUUAAGGGAAAAAUUUCGUGCUAACGCAGUAAACGCUGCGGCUGCAGCAGAUCAGAGGAAGGAUCAUCAUCGAUCCGCUGAAGUCAUUAACCGAACCGUGAAAGAAACAGAAGUGACUACCGAGAGCACGAGGUUGUCCAAAAACGGCGGUUUUACUUUAGAAGCUUUUUUCAAAGAGCGGUUGAGUCUCCGCAACCGCAAGAUAGAGGAAGCAACGUUAUGCAAGGAAGUCGAAACUGUAAAGGAAACAGUUGAAUCAAAAAUGGAUUGCCUUCAGCUGCAAGAAACAAGAGAAUCAGAAACUUGGAUUGAUAGCGAUUCUGAAAAGAAAGAAGAAACGAAGACAAGCUCUAUCACCUGCGAAACUCAAAACGAGAACAGAACGGAAAAUUGUAUGCAAGAAACUCCAGAAACACAGGGUGUGUUACAUGAGAGUAAUGAGAUGGAUCAGUGCCUUGAGAAACAAGAAACGUCUUACUUGAAUGGAUGGGAAGAAGAGUAUGAAGAUGAGCAGUCUAAUUAUGGAGAACCGAACAAUGACUGGCUUAGCGAAAUAUCGCGUCCGAGAAGUUACUGGGAGGAACUGAGGAAAUCACGGUACCUAGAAGUAAUGAACACUCGGUCUGAGAAAGAAGACAUACGCAGACUCCUUGAGCGGAGAACGGUUACAGACUUUCUCGAGAGCGGGUUACGAGACCAGAUCGAUAGGCUCAUGAUGUCCCGUGUGCAGAAACAUUCGAAUAAGCACUCUGAAAAAUGGGAAUCGCAACAAGAAAAUGAGGAGGAACAGAAGAAUGAAGUCGAAGAAGAAGAAGAACCACUAACAGAUAGCGAAGAGCAAGACGAUAAUGAUGACUCGUCUUCUUCGCAGAUGUUUGCAUCGUCUCCUGCAGGAUCAUGGAGUUCUCAAGACACUGAAGUACCUUCAAGUCCUGUCUUGCCUGUUCACAAUCCUCAUUCACCUGAAAUGGAGUUGAUAAGCGAUAUGAGAUCACAGAUCCAACAGCUUCAACAAGAAAUGUCGUUACUACGAGACUCUGUGAAAACGUGUUUGGAUGCUAACGCGAGCUUGCAACAGUCGGUUCAACGAGAAAACCCAAUGAAACGCAAAUGCUGCGUCUGCGACGAAACGCAGGUCGAAGCGGUUUUGUACAAGUGUGGACAUAUGUGCACGUGCCUAAAAUGUGCCAACGAACUACACUGGAGUGGAGGGAAAUGCCCGAUUUGCCGAGCUCAGAUUAUGGACGUUGUUCGUGUCUUCUUCGAUACAAGAAACUGAAAAUCUAAAAGGUUCAUAAACGCUUGACGAGUUCACUAUCCUAAUGCUCUCUUUAACUUUAGGUUAUGUUACCAAUAUUGUAACGAAAGGGUUUGUCCAGUUAAUAUAUGAAG